GUGGGGCUCAUCGGACUUCAGUUGCACCGUUUAUUAUUCAUAAUCGUUCCAUACCGGUCAUGUCUCUAUGCUACUGUCCGCAGAAGAUGCUAGAUGUCUCUAGGACGUGUUUCAUUUCAGGUCCUGCAAAUACCACAUUCAUGCAAAGACGUAUGCUAGAUUCUAAUCACUGCCGAGGUCUACCGGCGUUGUUGACUACGUAGUCAUGUACGUUGUCGACAACCCAUGCUAGAGAGGGGCAUAGUGAUGUCUUUCCAGCCAAACAAACUUCCCCCCGCACCGAUUCUCAUCGUCGACUUGUCCACAACAAGAAUCUAACAAAGUUUUCUGUCUCCACUCUAUGAGCUCAAGCUCCGUUCCUAGAUUAUGAUGAUUAUCAAUCCUGCUUUGGAGACUACCCGUCGUGGGUACCUCAAAAGAAGUCUUAAGCCCCUCUCAGUUCCUUCCAAGAUAUCAAUUGAACAUUUCCAUAUCAUAUAUACCCCCUUCCACAAUAUAUAAACGUACUUUCCAUCAAAACAACAUAUCCAAAAUGCCAUCAAACAUUGCAAUCGUCGUUCAAAAGCCUGGAGAGGCCAAGGCAGUUGAGGCCUCGAUCCCAAAACUUAGAGAUGACUACAUCUUGGUCAGGACCAAGGCUGUUGCUUUGAACCCAACUGACUGGAAACACAUCGAAUGGCUCACCAGCAACGGAGCUAGAAUCGGAUGUGACUACGCAGGUAUCGUUGAAGAGGUUGGAAGUGCAGUUACCAAGGACUUCAAGAAGGGUGAUCGCGUAUGCGGUUUCGCCCACGGAGGAAACGAGGUCAACCACGACGAUGGAGCUUUCGCAAACAUCAUCACCGUAAAGGGUGAUAACCAAAUCAAGAUCCCAGACAACCUCAGUUUCGAAGAAGCCGCUACCCUCGGUGUCGGAAUUACCACCGUCGGCCAAGGACUCUACCAAUCCCUCCAACUGCCCCUCCCCACCUCCCCCGCCUCCACCAAAUUCCCCAUCCUCAUCUACGGCGGCUCUACCGCCACUGGCGCCCUCGCCGUCCAAUACGCCAAACUCUCCGGCCUCCAAGUCAUCACCACUGCCUCCCCCCGCAACUUCGCCUACCUCGAAAGCCUCGGCGCCGACAAAGUCUUCGACUACAACUCGCCCACCUGCGCCCAAGACAUCAAAGAAUACACCCAAGACAACAUCAAACACGUCUUCGACUGCAUGUCCGAAGGCAGCAGUCCCCAAAUCAGCGUAUCAGCCAUGUCCUCCUCCGGCGGCGUCUACAGCACGCUCCUCCCCGUCCCCACCGAAGAAGUGCACAAGUACAACUCCAAGGUUGAAAACAAGGGCACCCUAGGCUACACCUGCCUGGGCGAGAAAUUCACCUUUGGCUCGACCGAAUUCCCCGCCAAGCCCGAGGAUUUCGAGUUCGCAAAGACUUUCUGGGAGAUGUCCCGAGGACUCUUAGCGGAUGGAAAGAUCAAGGCUCACAAGGUUUCCGUGAACAAGACGGGAGAGGGCUUCGAGGGUAUUCUGAGCGGAAUCCAGGCCGUGAAGGAGGGUAAGGUUAGUGGUGAGAAGUUGGUCUACACUUUGUAAAAUUAGGGACUUGGGAUGUAAAAACACUGUAAAGAAAAGAAUUUAGUAGUAUAGUUGUUAGCUCGCUUACCUAAAGCUGAGUAUAUUUAAAUUAUGAAAAGUUGGAUAUGCUUCAUGAAUACA